ACUCCCGCAGUUCGAUUGGAGACACCGGCCGGCAUCGACGGCUGUUGUGGAGCUCCCUUCACUUUCGGAUUCGCGCGUGUGUUAAAGUCUAUUUAGUAAUCAUAUCUUUCUUUCUUUUGUCUUGAAUAACGAUCGUGAGAUCAUUCUUGGCAGGUAUAUCGUCUAAACGAAUGUUUCCGAUCGUUACUUUUUCGUGUUCUUUUCCUAUCAUUCUUCUCUACCUUCCUUUUCUAUCGCGGUGAAAUAUUUCUUUUACGAGUGUCUUUAAUAAGCUAUCUUAUUGAGUUUUUCUUUUAAUAUAUUAAAUUAAUCAAAUAAUCGGAAAUAUAUCGCGAAAAGUGGUGUAUAUACAGUUAUUACUUUCUGUGAUUUCAAACGUUCGUGCCGUUGUUCGUGGCGUUGUCGAUCGUAUUGCGUAGUUCCGAUUCGUGUGACAUAACUAUGGUUUCAAGCAGUUCAAUUGUGGUCAUUGAACUAUAUGAAGAUUAAGGAAGAAUCGACCGAUUCAAAUCGAGAAGUGUCGCUGAUCGAUCGAAACGCGAUAUCAGUGUGCUCUCUACGCGACGGCGAACUCGCGAUUAAUCGAUAGUCAAUCGAGAAGUUCGAUUUGCGAGAAAUGCGAAAGUGAACACAGUCGGGGCGACGCGUGCAUGUACAUCGCAGGACGAUGGCUGAACUUCGUGUUUACCGGUUUUUCGUGAUCCUUGCUCAUCUGGCGAUUGUCUUGGUGCUUGCUCAGAAUCCCAUCGAGGAGAAGACCACGUUCGAGGCUGCUUUUCAAGGUAGAUGCGGCCACGGGUCUCCCUGCGAGCAACUCUGCUACGAGCUUCACGAUGGGAUGUACGAGUGCGAUUGCAAGGACGGGUACAUCCUUCAUAAAAAUGGAUACAGCUGCGCCGAGCUGAAUUCGACAUCACCGUCGACAGGCGAGCUCGGUGAAUUGGUGGAGGACGUGGAGAACGACGAAUUAAACAAAGACACGGACGACGACGAAGAUGCUGUCGAGGACAUCCUUUAUAUGCGCGGCGCAUCCUUCACGAUACACUUGGAUCCUCCGCCAGAAAAUUCCACCACCAAUUCCAGCAAAAUUAUCGAGGAAACUAGCCCAUCCGUCGAUCGAGUUGAACUGCGAGCCACGUCUCAAGGCCCGAAUUUGGAACAAAAGCUGCCUUCCACGAUGGAGAGCAUAGCGAGCACGGAGCCAGCGUGCUCGUUAGACUGUGGCCCAGCCGGAAACUGUUACAUCGAGCAGAGCCACGGCGACGACGUCGAUCUGAUCGACGACGACGACGACGACGCGGACGACGACGCGGGCGACGAGGCGGGGGGCGACGCCUCGAUGGCCGUGGAUCUCGAAGGGAACGACGUCGCACCGAGACGGAAGCAAGGGUCCUUCAGGCAACGGUGUCAAUGCCCCCUGGGAAGGGGUGGCGAUCGAUGCCAGCUCGAGGCCGAGGUAAGAUCGCCCAGGUUCACCGGUUCCGGUUGGCUUGCGUUUCCCGCGCUAAAGGCCGCUUACAAGCACGUCCAAUUAGAACUGGAAUUCCGUCCCGAGGCGUGGGACGGUAUCUUGCUUCUUGCCGGGGAGAGGGACGAUCUUCAGGGUGACUUCAUGGCCUUGAUUCUGCAUCACGGAUUCAUCGAGUUCAGGUUCGAUUGUGGGAGCGGAGUCGGCACAGUGAGGAGCACGCAAACAGUGAGGCUGAACGAAUGGAACACCCUGACUGUCUACAGGCAUCGAUGGGACGCCUGGAUUCAGCUGAAUCAAGAGAAACGGGUCGAAGGAAGAUCGAAGGGCUUGUUUGCGAGGAUUACGUUCCGCGAACCGUUGUUUGUCGGCGGACCUGGAAACACAACCGGUCUCGAGCGACUUCCGGUGAGAACCGGAUUUAAGGGUUGCGUCCGGCAUCUGGAAGCCAACGAACACCGUUAUCGCUUCCCUCUCGCGCCACAAGGAGAUGCUGCGAACGGUUUCGAUGUUGAGGAAUGCACGGCGGACAGAUGCAGCAAGGUACCCUGUUCCCAUGGCGGGAAAUGCUUGACUACCGGAGGCGACACGGCUGUAUGUCUCUGCCCCCUCGGAUACACCGGCGACCUAUGCGAGACCAGGGUCGAUUUGCAGGUACCUUCGUUCAAUGGAUCCUCUUAUCUGCGUUACCCUGGAUUGGCCGACACGUCGCUAUCCUGGCUGGAAUUGGCUGUCACGUUGAAACCAACUGUCGCAGAUGGAGUUAUACUUUACAAUGGCCAUCAUAGCGACGCCACCGGCGAUUUCAUAGCGUUGUACCUGUCGUCCGGCCAUGUUCAGUUUACCUUUGACCUGGGAACAGGGCCAGCCAGUUUGAGAAGCGAGAAUCCUGUUCGGCUGGGAGAGUGGGUGGAGGUUCGGGUGUCGAGAACCGGACGUUUGGCCUCGCUCGAAGUCGAGGACGACCCCCCGCAGGAAAUCCUAGCGCCAGGCGCUUUCACGCAACUGUCGUUGCCGUUAAAUCUUUACUUGGGCGGCGCGCCAUCCACUGACAUGUACUCGCCGAAGAUGAAAACGACCGCCAGCUUCGUGGGAUGCAUUCAGACGGUCAUUUUGAAUCGUCGCGAGAUCGGAAUCCUCGCCGAGGCUUUGGGCGGGGUGAACGUGGGCAAUUGCGGGCACGCGUGCGAGGCGAGGCCGUGCGGAGACGCGGAGUGUCGUCCGCUUCGGGACCGAUUCACGUGUCGUUGUCGACCUGGCAUGCCGCAUCCCUGUCCAGCGCCGGACGACAACACGAUUUUGGACAGCUCCCCCUCGAAACCGAACGCUGCCGCGCGGUUCGAGAGAUCCGUGCCCAGUUUCUCGGGCAGCGAGAGCUAUCUCCAUUACAACGACGCGGACACGAUGAAAAGGAUAAUAAGCUACAGGGUGGACAUCAAUAUGAGAUUCAGGGCGAGCAGCAGUAGCGGGCUGCUGCUUUGGAGCGGGAGGCAAGCGGAUCCGCAAGAACAAAGGGACGAGAACGACGAUUUUCUAGCCCUCGGAUUGGAUCGUGGCUAUUUGACUUUAGCUUACAAUCUUGGCUCGGGCGAGGCUGUUCUGCGGUACAAUUUAACGAGAUUGGACGAUGAUCUAUGGCAUCGGGUCCGAGCAGUGAGGAACGAACAAUGGGCGUCGCUUGUCGUCGACAGUGGUACAGGCGUUUCCGCGUCGUCGCCUGGACAACUCAGACAAUUGAACACUGACACGGGUCUUUAUGUCGGUGGCGCGCCUGAUAUCGUGAGGACAACGGGAGGAAGAUACGCAAAGGGUAUCGUGGGAUGUAUCAGCGAUCUGGUCCUGGACUCGGACUUUUCCGUGGCGUUGUCGUCACCGGGGCAGGCUACCAACACGCACUCGUGCAUCCCCUGAAAGACAUCCGUGCCGUCCGACGUUAGAUGGUCAGCGCUUAGGAUAUGAAAAUGCAUCACGAUGAGUAAAAUUCUCUGGCCAGGGCAGAGAAGGUCGACGUCGUUGCCCAGCGUUUAAGGCUGAACCGGCUGCCUUGAUUGACGCCUUGAACGCUGAUCACGUCUACGCGUGUACGAUUUAUACACACCGAUUCAUCACACGGAUUCAUCAUUUUUGUACAGACUUUCAUCUCAACGACUAACUAAAAAUUCUCCCCUCCAAAGGGAAUGAUAAAAGUAAAAUGAAAAAAAGAAAGAGAAAUGAAAAAAAUAUGUA